AUGUCUACCACCAAGGAGUCACCAUCGGCCACGAUCGAUACCGCCAAGGCCGAGUCUGAGCACUACGACGCUUUUCCCACCGAGUACCACGACGACAGAUCCUUCUGGCAAAUCUGCAAGGAGAAUCCGGCCAUCAUCGGCUACACCAUCUGUGCUAACUUCAGUCCUCUGCUUUUCGGCUACGAUGGUCUCGCUCUUGGCGUCAUUAUUGCCCUUCCUGCCUUCUCCUUCGACUUUGGCGAGCCAUUUGGUCUUUGGACCGCAGGCAAGCAGAUUGGCAUCAUGAUCGGUGCCGGCGCCAACGGCUACCUGCAGGAUCGGUUUGGCCGCAAGCCCAUGACCUUCGUCGGCUGGGCCGUAGCCACCCUCAGCGUCGCCCUUGGCUACACAAGCUACAUGCCCGACAGCUACGCCGGUCGGAGGACCCAACUCCUGAUGGCCAAGGUUAUCGUUGGCCUUGGAAUGGGUAUUCUCAUGUCGACAUGCCAGACUUAUGUCUCUGAGAUUGCCCCAGUCAAGAUUAGAGGCAUGCUCCUCGGCAUCUACACUCUGGUUCUGGUCGUCGGUCAAACCAUCGCCGUCAGCGUCGUCUUCUCUCGCAUCGCCAUCAUGGACCGCAGCGCCUACCUCGUCCCCAUCGCCCUCCAGUGGAUGUUCGCUGGCCUCGUCUUCAUCCGUGCCGUGUUAAUACCCGAGUCCCCUUCCUUCCUCGUCAGCAAGGGUCGCGUCGAAGAGGCUGCCCGCUCAUUCGACCGCCUGUAUGGCAAGGGCGAGCGCUCGCCAAACAACCUUAUCGCCACGGUCGCCCAGGAGCGGCAGCAAGAAAACAACAAGGACGUGCGCUUUAUGGAGCUCUUCCAAGGCACCAACUUCCGCAGGACCAGAAUCGUCUGGCUGCUCAACAUCACCCAGCAGUUCACCGGCAUCUCGCUGCUGGCCAACGCUACGUACUUCCUGAUCCAGGCCGGCAUGAACCCCGCACAGUCGCUCGAGAUCAACCAGAUUGGUAUCAGUCUGAGCAUCCCCUGUAUCCUGCUCAGCUACUACACGAUGCAGAAGUUUAGCCGUCGGUUCAUUAUCCUAACCAGCAUGAUCACUAUUACAGUCCGAUUUAUCGGUAUGGGUAUUACGGGGCUCUUCCCUAAUGACAAGACGGCGCUCAAGUUCGUCGGUGUCACGUUGCUCCUCAGCGGCUUCGUCGGCGCGCACGGCCUUAAUCCCGCUUAUAACGUUGUUGCCAGUGAGGUCUCUUCGGUGCGCCUCCGUGCCCGGACGCUGUCCUCGGGCUUCGUUAUCUACGCCCUGGCGUCUUGGGUCUUCAGCUUCACCGUACCCUACAUGUUCAACCCGGACGUGGGAAAUCUGAGUGCCAAGAUCGGCUGGGUCUUUGUCGGCCUCGGCACCAUCGGCAUUGUCCUCGUCUGGUUCGAGGUCCCUGAGACCAGGAACAAGUCGUACGCCCAGCUUGACCUGCUGUUCGAGCGCAAGACCAAGACCAGAGACUUCAAGCGCAAGAUGGACGAGGAGCUCUCUGUUCCUGCCUGAGAGGAGGAUGCGGUGUAAAAGCUUCGUUAUCGUGUCGGACUGGUGUGUAAGGGUGUAAGGGCGUCGCUCAGAGGUGGCUAGCUACGUUGUAAACAUUGUAUAGGGCAUGGUUGUGUUUCUGUAUCCAAGGCUUG